CCAUCGAUCCAAUCAAGAGAGGGAGAGGGAGAGGGAGAGAGGGAGAAAGAGAAAGAGAGAGUGAAGAUGACGGAGUACGGGGAGAGGUACGAGGGCAACGGCGAUGGCUACGCCGAGUACGGCGGCGGCGGGGCUUCCCCGCCGGCGAAGACGAGCGGAUUCGAUGAUUUCGGCUACUCCCGAUCUCAGUCUGAUUUGCAUGUCCAUGAAAGAGGUUCCUCGAAAAGCAGAGAGAAAGAUAGGGAAAGGGAAAAGGAGAAGGAUAGGGACAGGGACAGGGACAGGGAUAGAGAGAAGGCUAAAGAUCGUGACAGGGUCAGGGAUCGUGAUCGGGAAAGAGACAAGGAUACGGAUCGGGAACGCGAUCGCAAUCGUGAGCGUGAUCGAGAUCGCCAUCACAGAGAUGACCGGGAAAGAAGUGAAAGACGCCGGGAGAGAUCAGAUGAUCAUGAUAGUCACCGAAGCCGUGAUCGUGAUAGACACAGAGACUAUGAUAGAGACAGAGAAGGGCGUCACAGACAUCGAUCUAGUUCUCAGUCUCGGUCGAAGGGUCAAUCUGAACGUAGAUCAAGAUCCCGAUCUCGCUCGCGCUCUCGUUCAAAGAGCAAGCGAAUCAGUGGAUUUGACUUGGCACCUCCUGUGACUGCUCUCAUGCCUGCUGUGACAGCCACAGCUCAGCUAACUGGAGGCACUGCUGCACUUCCUGGAGUGUUUCCAAACAUUUUCCCUUUGGCAGCUGGGCAGCUUCCUACUCUACCUGUCAUGCCGGUGCAAGCUAUGACUCAGCAGGCAACUAGACAUGCUCGACGUGUAUAUGUUGGUGGCCUCCCUCCUACUGCUAAUGAACAGUCGGUUGCAACAUUUUUUAGCCAGGUGAUGUCUGCUAUUGGAGGAAACACUGCUGGUCCAGGUGAUGCUGUUGUUAAUGUCUACAUAAAUCAUGAAAAGAAGUUUGCUUUUGUGGAGAUGAGAUCUGUCGAGGAAGCAAGCAAUGCAAUGGCCUUGGAUGGCAUCAUUUUUGAGGGCACGCAAGUGAAGGUACGAAGGCCCAGUGACUAUAACCCUUCUCUUGCCGCUGCACUGGGCCCAAGCCAGCCUAAUCCAAACCUCAAUCUUGGUGCAGUUGGGCUCACGCCGGGCUCUGCCGGUGGUUUAGAAGGCCCGGACCGAAUCUUUGUUGGUGGGCUUCCUUAUUACUUUACGGAGGCCCAAGUGAGGGAGUUGCUUGAGUCUUUCGGGCCUCUCCGUGGAUUUGAUCUUGUCAAAGAUAGGGAGACCGGUAACUCAAAAGGCUAUGCCUUUUGCGUGUACCAGGACCUUUCUGUCACAGAUAUCGCAUGUGCUGCUCUUAAUGGCAUAAAAAUGGGAGAUAAAACCCUAACGGUUAGGCGAGCUAACCAAGGAGCGGCACAGCCUAGACCGGAGCAUGAGAGUGUACUAUUGCAGGCACAGCAGCAAGUAGCAUUGCAGAGGCUUGUGUACCAGGCAGGGGCCCUUCCUACGAAAAUAGUAUGCUUAACCCAGGUGGUUAGUGCUGAUGAAUUGAUGGAUGAUGAGGAAUAUGAGGACAUAGUGGAAGACAUGAGAGGAGAAGGGGGAAAAUAUGGUAACUUGGUGAAUGUCGUGAUACCUCGCCCCAGUCCAAAUGGUGAGCCAGUUCCGGGAGUUGGAAAGGUAUUUUUGGAGUAUGCAGAUACUGAAGGAUCGACCAAAGCUAGGCAAGGGCUGCACGGUCGGAAAUUCGGUGGGAACUCAGUCAGCGCCGUCUUUUAUCCGGAGAGCAAGUUUGCGCAGGGAGAUUAUGACGGCUGAAAGCCGAAGUGUUUUACUGUGCUUUCGUAUGGGAUAUGUCUGCUAUGUGUUCUGACCAGUACUGAACAUUGUUAGACAUCAAUUAUAUAAAUGUGGUGGGUAGCUUGUCCUGAAAUGUGAAAGAAUGCCCCUUAAGGAUUUUUUAUGGUGAAUGCUCAGUUAGGGACAAAUGGGAGAGCAUCAUCCUGCUUUUUUUUCAGUUGCAGCGAGGACAUAAACUAUGGUGCUUAUUCGGGGAUGAGAUUCCUAGAUUUUGGUGAUGUUGAUCGAGUUUGGUUAUGUUGAUAAUAGGUUAGUUUUUUUUUCAAGUAUAUCGUAUAUACUUGCGUAGUUCAUUUUCGGGAUUAACUGAUCAGGGAGUAAAUAGUUUCUACCCCGUACGGGGUUUGGCGUUUGGUAUUA